UGUUGUCGUUCUUCUUGUUCAUUCGUCCAUCGUUCUAGAGAGAGAAAGAGAGAGAGAGAGGAGAGAGAGAGAGGUGUAGGGAUGUCGUACUUGCUACCGCACCUGCAUUCAGGAUGGGCCGUAGAUCAGGCCAUCCUCGCCGAGGAAGAGCGUCUCGUCGUCAUUCGUUUCGGUCACGACUGGGACGAGACUUGUAUGCAGAUGGAUGAAGUUCUGGCGUCAGUUGCGGAGACAAUCAAAAACUUUGCUGUGCUAUACCUGGUUGACAUCACAGAGGUCCCUGAUUUCAACACCAUGUACGAGUUGUACGACCCAUCAACCGUCAUGUUCUUCUUCAGGAACAAACACAUCAUGAUUGAUCUUGGCACAGGAAACAACAACAAGAUCAACUGGGCUCUCAAGGACAAACAAGAGUUCAUUGACAUUGUUGAGACAGUCUAUCGUGGGGCAAGGAAGGGACGUGGUCUUGUGAUUGCUCCCAAGGAUUACUCCACCAAGUACCGCUACUAAUUUCUUGUGCGAAGUUGUAGGUGAUUAAGAUCUUUCAAGAGUAAUUUCUGCAACUUGGAUGCAAGAUAUUACUUUAGUUUGCUGUAACUGCAUUGUUUGAGAAUCUUAUAAUUGUUGUGGAAUCCUAAAACAUUUUGGACAUGUGUACCUGCAAGAUAUUAAAGAAGGGAAAGUAGUGUACAAGUUUCUCUUAUAUGCAUAUUAGAACUUAUUUUCA